AGAUCACGAUACGCUAAGUUAUUGUAAUAUCGCCCAGUAAGCGGUAUCUCCUAAGACGUUUUUGAGGAUGAGACCCACCUAAAGCCGUUUCGUUGCCUUGUACGCGCGAGCAUGUCUGUUCCGACUCUAACCUUUGUUAUUGUUGGCCAAGAAGAUCACCCAAUCUAUGAGGUUGACCUUACUGGCCCAAAGGAGCAACAGACCCAGUACCUGCACCAGUUCGUACUGCACUCCUCGCUGGAUGCGGUGGACGAGCAGAUGUGGCUCAGCAGGGAGCCGCACCUCAAGGUGGUUGACCGUUUCAACGGCCUGAACGUAACCGCCUUCGUGACCGCCGGCAACACGCGCUUCCUCAUGCUGCACGACGGCCGCAGCGAUGACGCACUGCGUUCCUUCUUCAAUGAGGUGUACGAGCUCUACCUGCGGGUGCUGUUGAACCCCUUCCACACGCCCACCACCCGCAUCACCAGCCGCGAUUUCGACCGCAAGGUGAAGCUGCUUGCGAAGCGCCUCAUCGGGUAGUGUGUCUGGCUCGUACGGGUGCCUGGUUGGGUAGAUUCCCGGUUCGAAACGGUCAGUCACGUAGAACGCGAGAGCAAGGAUAAGAGGGCAGAGAGGCGAAAGGGGAGGAGAGGAGCGGUUGACGUAGUUGGCUGGGUAGUUUGUAAGGGUACCGGUAGUUGAAAGGGAUAUGGUUGCAGCUUGCAGGGCCAACCUCGCCUUAGAGAGCGGGCGGGGUGACGACGUCGCUGCUUUCCUGGCUAGGACACAGAAACUGGUGACGCAUGGUGUUCUCGUGUUGAUGUACCGGUAUUGUUGUUGAAGCACUUGAGUGCUUAUGUAUUUUAGCUUGCUUGGGAGGGCGGCGAAGGCAACGGUACCUUGCCUGGGGCUGCUUUGCCUAGGUUCCCUGGCGCGAGUGCCCGGCAGCAUCUUGCAGGCAAGCCACCAUGCACCAUGCAGGCAAGGCCUUCCGGGGCGGCGGCGCGGCAAAACCUCCACAGACGUACCGGGCCUGAAUACCAC